AUGGAAUUUGAUAGGAUAAGAGAGCUCCAAAGAGAGAGAAAGUGGAUGCAAUUCUGCUGUGCGAUAGUUGACUCUAUGGAUUCUCUUCCUACAGAUAAGGUCCUAAAUAUCUUCCUGGAAAGUGCAGGGCAGGUUCAUCCCAGGUCAUCGUGUGAGGUCUUUUUAAUGUUCUCAGAGAGAUUGAACCCCGAAGAUGGCAUAAGGAUUCUGGCUAUUGGAGAGGAGAUAAUAAGAAACACCAUUUUGUAUUCCGAGCCAUUUGAAGUGGAGAAGAUGCUUCUAGAGAUGAAGAGGUGCUUGCUUUUAGUUGAGAUAAAUGAUCUCAAAGGCAUUGAAAAGAAACUGUUUGAGUGGAAGAGCCUCAAAAUGCCAAAGAAUGUGAGGACUAUGUAUAACCUUCUUGGGUUUAAGCUAUACCAGAAGAUCCGGAAUAUUGAGGCUGCGUUUACCCAUCUCUUAAAGUAUAUAAAUUUAUCGGAGUCUGAAGACCUGAUGGACACUCUUGUAGAAUAUGCGAUGCUUAGCAAAGAGUUUUUUAACUACACCUUGAUAACAUCACUCCCCGGUUUCAACAAAAUGAAGAAUAGGGAGCUGAAGGAGAUAUUCAUAAUGUUCAGAGAAGGGAAUGUAAAGGGGCUGGAAAAGAGGUAUAAUAAGUUUACCGAAAUCUUUGGAAGCUAUGCUGAUAUAGUCAAGGAGAAGGCAUACAUGAUAGCCCUAAUAAACAUCUGCUUCCUAGAGGUCGAGAAGAAGGUAUCGGUCAAGAAGAUCGAGGAGUUGCUGGAAAUUUCCAACAAAAUGGCCAUAUACAUAGUUCUCAAGUCCUUUGGGCUGGGGUUAAUCAGCGGAUGGAUUGAUGGAGAAGAAGGCACUCUUUACUUUGAUAGCCUUAUUCCAAGAGCACUGCAGAAGGAGGAAAUUGUGAAGCUUAAGGAGAAAUACGACGUCUGGGAGAAGAAGGUCCAUGAGGUCAUAGCCAUGCUGAAGUAA